AUGGUCGACCACUUGGCGAUUCCGCAGGGAAUCAACAAGCGGGUUGAUCUGCCGCCUGAGGCCUACUUUAUGCCGGGCAGUACCCACACCCCGUUCGCCGUUCGUCCUGGCUACAAUCAGUCAGCCCAGGACAUUCGCGUCGCUGUCAAUCAGUUUCGGAUCACGACCAUCAGUAGCCCUGAUGUUCACCAGUAUGAUGUAUGUAACCCGCCAGGUGUGGAGGUCGACAGGCCCGCGAUUUACAAAAAGGUCUGGCAGUGCAAGGCUGUCCAGGAGAAGCUCAAGUCGACUCCGAAACCAUGGAUCUAUGAUGGACGCAAACUCGCUUGGUCCACGAACCACCUCAAGAGCUUCAAGCUUGAAGUCGACCUUGGCGAGGACGACGGCCAUGCGGGCCGCAAAAACAACCAAUUCGUGUUCGAGCUGACGUACACGAACAAGGUUCGCAUGGAGGCUCUGAGGUCCUACCUUGAAAGGAGGACGAGCUGGGACACCACAGUCCUGGAAUGCUUGAGUUUUCUGGACCACGUACUCCGCCAGGGUCCUUCUGAGAACUUCCUCCUGAUCAAGCGGGUGCUGUUCAACAAUGUCUCCGAGACGCAACGACUCAACAACUACACCGAGGCCAUCAAAGGCAUAUACUCCGCUAUCCGCCUCAACCAGCCUUCUCCCGGCGGUAGUGUUGGACUUGGUGUGAACGUUGAUGUCUCGAACCAGACCUUCUGGGUCGGCCAGAAAUUUGAACAGCUUGCACGCAACUACAUCAGUGGUGCGGACAAGAAGUUCGCGAACAUGACUUACGAUACAAUGAAAACGGCUCUCCAGCCAACCUCAACUACCAAGAGCGACGGCUCCAAGACCUGGGUCAUGUCUGAAGCCUUCAAGUAUCUGCGCCGCCUGCAGAACGUACAAUUUAAGGUGGUGCACCGGGGCGGAGAAACUGGUGACACGGUGUACAAGGUGAAGGGCUUCACCUUCAGCCAACAGUAUGGUCAACAAGGUGGUCACGCCAAGGCCAUUACCUUUGACAGGAAGAUGGAGGAUGGAACCAUCAAGAAGUACUCCAUCUUCCAGUACUACCUGGAGAAGUACAAGUUGCGGUUGCAGCAUUGGUAUUUCCCCCUCAUUGAGACUACCCGGGGCGGGUACUUCCCCAUGGAGGUCUGCGAGGUGACUCGCUUCAACCGGUUCCCUUUCAAGCUUGAUCCUCAACAGACCUCAGACAUGAUCAAGUUUGCUGUGCAGCGACCCCCUCAGCGCAAGGCUGAAAUCAUGAAAAUGGUCGAAAACCUAGAAUGGGAUAAAGACCGCUAUCUGGCACACUUUGGGAUCAAGAUCAGUCCCGCCAUGCCGAUGUUCCAGGCCAAACUGAUCAAGAAUCCCGUUGUGCAGUUCGGCAACACCACCAAGGAUCCUAGCACCAGCGGUCGCUGGGAUCUUCGCAACGUGAGGUUUGCUGCGGCAAACCCGAGGCCGCUUGUCUCGUGGGCUUUUGUCAUUGUUGAUGGAUGCGUCGACAGGCCCACCCUUGACAACUUUGUUAGGUUGUUCCAGACAACCUAUCGUGGCCACGGCGGCGUCAUCACCAACGCCCCUGAGAUCAUUGAUCCUCCUCGUGGGCAGUCUCACGAGUCCCUGGUUCACAAUUCUUUCUUGCAAUGCGGAAACAAGUUCCGAGCCACUCCGCAGAUUAUCUUCUUCAUCCUGAAGGACAAGAAUGCGAUGGUUUACGAUCGCCUGAAGCGGUCUGCCGAUAUUGGAGACGCGGUACUGACGCAGAUGUUGCAGGCGCAACACGUCCGUAGAGCCCAAGCCCAAUAUUGCUCAAACGUCUGCAUGAAGGCCAACGCCAAGCUCGGUGGCCAGACCUCUCGGAUUCAACACCCGCCCAAGGGAUCAUUCUUCAAGGUUCCCACCAUGAUGAUUGGAGUGGACCUAUCCCAUGGUCAUGGCGGCGGUGGUGGAGUGCGGCCGCUGUCGAUGGCGGCCAUGUGUGUCUCCAUGGAUAGAGAGGCGGCGAUUUACAACGCCGCUGUGCAGACCAACGGCUACGGCGUCGAAAUCUUGCAGCCCGGCAACAUGCAUUCCAUGCUUGGUCCCUUGGUUGUGAAGUGGAAGACGAAGUUCAACGUUGCACCCCAACACGUCUUCUACGUCCGGGACGGCGUCUCUGAGGGACAGUUCGCCCACGUGAUGGAGUGGGAAUUCGAAGAGAUGAAAAAAGUCUUCAAGGAGACGGUUGGUGUUGUGCCCAAAAUCACCGUCAUCAUCGCGACCAAGCGCCACCAUAUCCGCUUCUUCCCUGAGCGCGGAGACAAGAACGGCAACUGCCUGCCCGGCACUCUUGUCGAGCGCGAGGUCACCCAUCCUUACCAUUACGACUUUUAUCUGUGCUCACAUUCGGCCAUCCAAGGCACAGCCCGGCCGGUGCACUACAAUGUGCUCCACGAUGAGUGCAGACUUCCCCCUGAUGAUCUUCAGAGGAUUCUCUAUCAUCAGUGCUACCAGUACUGCCGCUCAACCACUCCUGUCUCGCUGCAUCCUGCGGUCUAUUACGCACACCUGGCUAGUGCGCGGGCGCGUCAUCACGAGGAUUUGACAGCAACAGCGAAUGGGCAGGAACGUCGGGAGUUGAACCAUGUGGUGCUGCUCAGACAGCGAGGCUCCAUGGCCAAGCAUGACGGGAAGACCAGCACUUCGGUGGACGAGAGUUCAUGGCCUCCACUCGUUGAGGUGGGUGCUCACGGAGGCCGCCCGGAUGCCAAGCAGACCUUCACCAACACCAUGUGGUGGGUCUGAGUUGGGAGAAGGAGGGAGACGGGGGAUCGAACGGUUGCCUGACGUGGCGUGGACGGCCGUUGUGUCUGUAUAAUUCUCAUGUAUUCUGAGCUUGGCAGUGGCGGAUUUGAG